UAAAAAACAAUUGGAAACAAAUCUCUCUCUCUCUCUUUCAAAUUUUGAAAACUUCCCUCUCACACUCUACUUUUACACACCCGCGCCUUGCUUACAUUUUCUUCAUCGAAUACGUGUGUAAGUAUAUAUUUAUAUAUGUAUGUAUGUUGGUAUAACUAGAAUACCUUCUCUCUCUCUCUGAGUCGCACGAAAACAUACGGUGUGUAAAAGGGGUUCUGGUGAUUGAAGCUUAAAACCUGAGGAUUUAUUCUUGGGGAAGCCUGAAGAAAGAAUUUGCACUCUAUUAAUCUUUCUUGCAGGGUAAUGGAGGCACUACCUGAUGCUAUAGUGCAAUACAUUUUAUCCCUAAUGAGUAAUGCUAGGGAUGUGGCGUCUUGCAAUUGUGUCUCCAAGAGAUGGAAGGACUCGAUGCCUUAUUUGCGGAGCCUAUUUUUCCCUCGAAAUCUCUUUGACAACCUUACCAACGGAGAUACUCCUGAUGCUGUUGUGUGGCGAAUGGUUUCGUCGGUUGUUAAACUAGAGGAGCUUGUGGUUUAUUGCCCAUUUUCUAGUUCUGGGCUUGCGUUGUGGCUAUCUACGGUGGGACCUUCGUUGAGGAACCUUGAGCUCCGCUUGGAUAACAUAACUGAGCACGAGACUUUCACUGAGAUACCCUCAAAGUUGGAUUGCAUUAGGGCUGCGUGGAAUUUGGAGUCCCUUAGACUCUGGGGUGUGUUAAUGAUUUAUUCUCCCAAAUGGGAUGUUUUUCAUAGGCUGAAAAAUCUUGAAAUAGUUGGCGCUAGGUUGGAGGAUCAUGCACUUUUAGAUGCCCUUCGUGCUUGUCCUAAUUUGACCCAUCUCUUGCUUCUUGGGUGUGAAGGCCUAAGGUCUAUUUCAAUCCAGAAUCCUCAUCUUGAGCAGUGUAAGCUGGACUUUUUUGGUGUUGGCAACUGCUCGCUAACGAUCACUUCGUCAAAGCUUGAAUCACUUGAAGUCCAAGGUUGUAGUUUUAUCAGGGUUCAUGAAACUCGAUGGUUAAGACAUCUCUCCAUUGCCAACAAUUCAGGACGGGUUUAUAUGGUAGAUUUUGGGAGACUUAUGGCAUUGGAAACAUUGUUCAUAAGAGGAGUACAAUGGAGCUGGGAUGCUAUAAGCAAAAUGCUUCAAAUGGCCAGUGAAGUUAAGGAACUCUACAUGAAGGUGGAAUUCACUGGGGAUUCUGAAACCCUUCAACCCUUUCCAGAGAUUGAUUUUGUUGACUUCUUUAACAGCCACCCCAAGCUGCAAACUUUCGACAUUCACGGUGCAAUGUUUGCUGCUCUUUGUCAGAAGAACAGCCUGAAAAAUGUGGACUCAAAGUUUCUGAUUCCCUGCCUUGAGAAGGUUGUUGUCACAGUAAGAUCACCGCUAAAUGCAGAACAGAAGAUGAGUACAUUAGAUUCGUUGAUGAAGUACGCAAAGAAUUUGAAAAAGAUGACAAUAAAGAUUCUUCAGAUGAAGAGCAGCCACAGCAGUGCAGAUGAUUUCUUUGAGGACAUUUGCAGGUUUAGGUACAUGAAUCGCAAGAUUGUUUCAAUAGAAUAGAAAAUUUUCAUUGAGCUUUUCUCUUCACUUAUUUUUCAUUGGAAUAACUCAUUGCUGGGGUUUCUCCGAAAAGGACUAUUCUUGAUAUUCUUACAUCAAAUUCUCAUUGUUGAUAUCAUUAUGCAAUCGAAUGAGAGAGCACAUCUUGAAUUAUGCAGCAGCCGUGCUUCUACUUUGCAUAUUGUGACCAUAAGUGCAGUGGAAGUAAUCUUUUGACCUGAUAAGGCCAAAACUUCCAGCCAUGUUGUAAACAUAGUUCACCCUUUUAUUGACUGAGACAGAUAG